AUGGCUAUGAACAAAGCUUUUCGUAUAAAAGACUUGGGUCGACUGAAAUUUUUUCUUGGCCUUGAAGUAGCUAGAUCCUCCUCUGGGAUCACUCUUUGCCAACGCAAGUACUGUUUAGAUCUUUUAAAAGACGCAGGUCUCAUUGGUUGUAAGCCAGUAUCAACACCUUUGGACACUGCCACACGAUUGUCACAUGACAAUGGUUCAACUUUUGUUGAUGUGACUGCAUACCGUAGACUUGUUGGUAGAUUAAUCUACUUGAGAACGACACGUCCUGACAUUCCUUUUGCAACACAACAACUCAGCCAAUACAUGAGUGCUCCCACUGAAACACAUUACAAAGCAGCUUUACGUGUGCUUCGAUACCUUAAGAGAUCUCCAGCUCGUGGAAUAUUUCUCUCUCACUCUUCUGAGCUACAAAUCCUUGGAUUUAGUGAUGCUAAUUGGGGUGGUUGCAUUGAUACACAAAGAUCUAUUUCUGGCUAUUGUUUCCUCAUAGGAAAGUCAUUAGUUUCCUGGAAAUCAAAGAAGCAAGUGACUGUAAGCUGUUCAUCCGCUGAGGCUGAAUAUUGGGCACUAGCUUCUGCUACCCGUGAGCUUCAAUGGAUGUGUUUUCUUCUUCAAGAUCUCAAACAACAACCAUCUUCCUGUCCUCUACUGCGACAAUCAAAGCGCUCUACAUAUUUCAGCUAA